UGCAGCUUAACGCCGGGGGUCCCUGCAGAGGAGCGCCCGCCAGCCCGCCCGCCUCCAUGUGCGAGUCCGCCGUGUGCUGAGAUCGCGGUAGCCCCCCCUUACCCCUGCCCCCCUUCCACCGAGCCGCCGAACCGACCAUGUCCAACCCUAACCACGACCCCUUCUACUCGUCCCCCUUCGGACCCUUCUACCGGAGACACUCGCCCUACAUGGUGCAGCCCGAGUACCGGAUCUAUGAGAUGAACAAGCGGCUCCAGACGCGCACCGAGGAAAGUGACAGCUUGUGGUGGGACGCCUUUGCCACAGAAUUCUUUGAGGAGGAUGCCACGCUCACACUGUCCUUCUGUCUCGAGGAUGGACCAAAGAGAUACACGAUUGGACGGACGCUAAUCCCCCGCUACUUCAGCACGGUGUUCGAGGGCGGCGUCAGUGAGCUGCACUACAUCCUCAAGCACUCCAAGGAGUCCUUCCACAACUCGUGCAUCACGCUGGACUGCGACCAGUGCACCAUGGUCACCCAGCACGGCAAGCCCAUGUUCACCAAGGUUUGCACGGAAGGCCGUCUGAUCGUGGAGUUUGCCUUCGACGAUCUGAUGAGGAUCAAGACGUGGCACUUUACCAUCCGGCAGUACCGAGAGCUCAUCCCCCGCAGUAUAUUGGCCAUGCAUGCACAAGACCCUCAGGUGCUGGAGCAACUGUCCAAAAACAUCACACGCAUGGGUUUGACCAACUUUACCCUCAACUACCUCAGGUUGUGUGUCAUCCUGGAGCCCAUGCAGGAGCUCAUGUCCCGGCAUAAAACGUACAACCUCAGCCCGCGAGACUGUCUCAAGACAUGCCUGUUCCAAAAGUGGCAGAGGAUGGUGGCGCCGCCAGCCGGACACCCGCAGAACUUCAAAACGGAAAUUUUCCCCAGCAAUCACAAAAAAGGUCGCGCCAAAGCUGAGCCCGCCCGACAGACCACCGCCAAGCGGAGGAAACGGAAGAACUCUGCCAGCAGCGCCAGUAGCAGCGUAGGCGCCGCCGGCAAGAAGCGCAGCCCCGCCACCAACUUCAGCCUCUCCAGUCAGGUACCUGACGUGAUGGUGGUAGGCGAGCCCACGCUGAUGGGCGGCGAAUUCGGCGACGAAGAUGAGCGUCUGAUCACGCGUCUGGAGAACACGCAGUACGAUGCCACCAACGGCCUGGAUGAUGAUGACGACUUCACCGGCUCGCCGGCGCUGACCAACAACGGGCCUUGGAGUGGCAAGGCGCCCAACGGCGGGCCCGAUAGCAAAGUGGAGAACGCGGCGCCGCAGGCCUCGCAGUAGAGGCGACGCGUGGAGGACAAUGACAGCAGCAAUAGCCACACCGCCUGGACAUUUUAAAGAAAAUGUAUGUAAAUGUACAAAAAAUGCAAAAGUGUGGACUUCUUUUUGGGCAAAAUUGGAGCUUGACGGACAAAGGUCACAUGACUUCCUACAGUGGAACCAAAAGGAGAUGUUUAGUUGUUUUUAAAAACACCAGCUGAUGUUGUUUGAGGCCACUGCAGUCAAUCUCUUGCUGUUUUCUACAGAGCCCCAGACAUAUGAAUGAAAAAAAUUAGUUUGUGCACAUGAGCUACUACUUCGUGCACACAAACUAAUACUUUGUGCGGAGCUGCAAACAAACUAGUACUUUAUGUGAACAAGUUUAUAUUUCGUGCACACAACUUAAUAGUUCAUGUGCACGAAAUUGUUACAGGGAGCUCGCAAUCUAGAUCUGACACCGUAAGGGGCACUAGGGGUAAACACAUCGAACAUACCAAGAGAGAAUCGCUGGUGUAUUUGCAGGUCAGGUGGUGUAGUUUGUGAGUUUGUAAAGAUGUGUUUACCCUCAUGUCCCAUACGGUGUCAGCUGUGCAUCAUGAGCUCGCUGUAACAAUUUCGUGCACAUGAAGUCAAUACUUCAUGGGCGUGAGCAAAUAGUUGGUAUACAAGAAGUAUUAACUCGUGCGCAUGAAGUUGUGGGUUGUGUGCAUGAACUAUUUGAGCGUGCGCACUAGCUAAAUUUUUGCCAUUUAUGUCAUUUCAGGGGCUCCAUAGUUUUCUGUUUCCAGUUUAGGGGAAAUGCAAACCCUGAUAAUUUUGGGUUUAAGUGCACGAGUGGGUCACACGUCUGCCUCAUAGCUCUGAGGUUUGAGUUAAAAUCUGUUUUGUCCAGAGGUGGGUAGUAGCAUUACAUGUACUCCAUUACAUUUAGUUGCGUAACUUUUUGAGGAAAAUGUACUUCUAAGAGUAGUGCAUAGACGUUACUAUCACUGAUGAAGUCUAUGAGCAGUGUUACUAAGCCAUACUUUUUACUUUUACUUGAGAACAUUUGUGAUGAAAGAAACGCUACUCUUGCUACGCUAAUUUGGGCUCUAUAAGAGUCAUUACAUUUUUCCUCUUUAUUUUACGUAUUAGAUUUUUUUUUCAACGAUGCCAAGAGUAGCUCUACCAAUUUCACCAAUGAGACGUCGCAACAAUAAUGACUCUAUUAUAUCAAUCAGACGCAAGCUUGCUGUUCUAUCCUCACGCCAUCCUGUUCAAUCAUGUGUCUUUAAAGCACUGCAAAAAAUGAAGUAAUUGAUAUAGAGCGCUGCCCUCAACACGACUCGAAAGCACAGAUUUUAAACUCUUUUCCAGUCUUUAUUUGGCACCGAUUGAGCAUGGAAAACCAGAGAUAUGAUUAAUGAUUCAUAUCAAAAUAGUAAUUAUGAAAGAACUGUUCACUAUUCAAACUCGGAAGUAUUUUCUACACCAGAGGGCACUCAUGCUUUUUGGACGAAUAAUGUUUCAUUUAUGUAAAAUGUUUUCUCUUGUUGGCAUUCGAUAAUUUUUGUUUUGUUUUGUUUGUAUUUCUUUGGCUUAAUGUGGCUACGUAAUGGGUUAUUGGACAGCCUGAUUAUAACAACUGUUCAUAUAGACAACUAUGUGCUCAGAAAAAACUCGUUACAUUUUUCCUCUUAAUUCUACAUAUUACGGUAGAUUUGUUUUCAACAAUGCCAAGAGUAGCUCCACCAAUUUCACCAAUGAGACGUCGCAACAAUAAUCACAUGACUCCAUUAUACCAAUCAGACGGAAGCUUGCUGUUCUAUCCUCACGCCAGCCUGUUCAAUCAUGUGGUGUCUUUAAAGCACCGUAAAAAAUGAAGUAUUUGAUAUAGAGCGCUACCCUCAACAUGAAACUAAAACGCAGAUUUUAACCUCUGCCCCAGUUUUUAAUUUGGCACCGAUUGUCAAUGGAAAACGGAUAUAUGAUUAAUGAUUGAUUUCAAAAUAGUAAUUAUGAAGAAACUCUUCACUAUUCAAACUAGGAACUAUUUUAUCCACCAGAGGGCACUCAUGCUCUUUGGACGAACAAUGCUUCAUUUAUGUAAUUUUUUUUUCUCUCGUUGGAAUUCAAUGAUUUCCUUUUUGUGGUUAUGUAAUGGGUUAUACAAUAUGAUUAUAACAACAGCUCAUAUAGAUAACUUUGUGCAUGGAAAAAAGUCGUUACAUUUUUCCUCUUAAUACUGCAUAUUAGAUUUUUUUUUUUCGACGAUGCCAAGAGUAACUCUACCAAUUUCACCAAUGAGACGUCGCAACAAUAAUCACAUGACUCCAUUAUACCAAUCAGUUGCAAGCUUGCCGCUCUAUGAUCACGCCAGCCUGUUCAAUCACGUGGCUUCUUUAAAGCACCGUUUUUUUUUAAAAAAUGAUGUAUUUGACAUAAAGCGCUCCCCUUAACGUGACCCAAAAGCGCAGGUUUGAACCUCUCUCCCAGUUUUUAUUUGGCACCAAUUGACCACGGGAAACCGGAGAUAUGAUCAUUUUAAUUUCAUAAUAGUAAUUAUGGAGGAACUACUGCAUUCACUAUUCAAACUAGGAACUACUUUCUCCACCAGAGAGCACUUAUGCUCUUUGGACGAAUAAUGCUUCAUUAAUGUAAUUCUUCUCUCUACAGAAUUCAAUGAUUUUUUGGGGGGUUGGAUUUAUUUAGCUUAAUGUGGUUAUGUAAUAGGUUAUUAUAUAGAGUAUCAUUAUGUCAAGGUUUUGUUUGGCACUGAUUGCCCACGGAAAACUGGAGGUAUGAUUGUUUUAAUUUUAUAAUAGUAAAUAUGAAGGAACUAUUCACUAUUCAAACUAGGAACUAUUUUCUCCACGAAUAAUACAUUUAAUAAAAAUACAUUUUAUUUAUAGAACACUUUUACCGAACUCAAAGACGCUUUACAGUUGAAACAAAGAAAUGGCGCACAUAACGUGAUCAGUACCAAACAAAGAAUUAUAAAUUAAAACCAGUUCAAAAAGGUAGGUUUUUAACAAUUUUUUAAAUGUAGGAAGGUCUGGACAGGUGCAGAUGGAUUUAGGGAGUGACUUCCAAAGGGAAGGGGAAGCAACAGAGAAGGCUCUCUCCACUAGGGGGCACUCAUGCUCUUUGGACGAAUACCGUAUUGGCCCGGAUAUAAGACGGCCCUGAUUAUAAGACGACCCCCUCUUUUUCAAGACUCAAGUUUGAAAAAAAGACUUUUUGAACACCAAAUUAUUUUUUUAUACAGAAAAUAAUUACAGUACAUCUGAAACAAAUGAUUAUAACAAUAUAGUUGAGCGAAAAAGCAUGUUAUUUUGCCUCAUUCAAAUCUUAAUAUCUGAACAUUCAAAUAUUUAAACUAAAGUGCAAUCACAUUCGUAAAUGAACGGCUUCUGGUUUUUGAAAUGUAAAUAAACCCAUCUAUUGUGAUAAAACAACACAAUUGCAAUAACUGCAAUAACAAAGUGAGGUCUAACGGUAACUUUAGUCUUGAAACAAAUCUGAAUAAGGAAAAACAUUGCAAUAAAAUAAUGCAAACUGGUUAAACUUGAGAGUAGCUGAGAUCUGUCAUGACAGAACAUCGCUUCAAUGAUAUCUGGCGUCAUCUAGCGUCGUGAAUGGUUAUAACGUCUAGACUGUGAAUAUAAGACGAACCCCACUUUUUCAGUCUUAUUUCAUUGCAAAAAACACCGUCUUAUAUUCGGGACAAUACGGUAAUGCUUCAUUUCUGUCAUUUUUUCCUCUCAGUGGAAUUCAAUGAUUUAAAAAAGGUAUUAUUAUUUAUUUGGCUGAAUGUGGUUAUGGAACUGGUUAUUGUACAGUAUCAUUGUAAUAACAGUUCAUAUACAUAACUUUCUGCUGAGAAAAAAAAUACCAUUGUUUGGAAAUUUUUUUAAAAAUCUGUAAGCAGUUACUCACAAUGUUACUUAUUAGUUGAGUAUUCUUUUCACCAUAUACUAUUUUACUUGUGAGUACAUUUUUUAAAUAACUACUUAUGCUUGAGUAAUAUUAUUUUGAAGUAACGCUACUGUUACUCAAGUACAAUUUUUUGCUACUCUACCCAUCUCUGGUUUUGUCACCCAUCUCACAAAUUCAAUGCCAGUGACAACGACAAACAUCCAAUCUAUUCGAACUGGGAGUUCAAACUUCCAGUUUAAAUAGAUUGGACAUGUAUCGCUCUCAAUGGUCGCCAAUGAGUAAAGUGAAGGCUCUAAAUUCACCGUGGGGGUUAUUGUGAAUGGUUGUUUGUCUAUCCUGUAUAUCCCCUGCAAUUGUAUGAUGACCAAUCCAGGGUGGAUCCCACAUCUCACCCCUAACUAAGUUUCUAUGGGCAAGCCUGGUGAACUAGUGAUUAACAUGUAUGCCUCACAGUCAGGAGAUCUGGGCUUGAAUCUCCCAAGGAACAUCUGUAAUGUUUGCACCCCCCAAAAAAUGCAUGUUGGGUUCAUUGAAAACGAAGUGUCCUGAAGUAUGAAUGUGAGUGUGAAAGGUUUUUCUCUAUGUGCCCUGCGAUUGGCUGGCAACCAGUUGAAGGUGUACCCCGCAUUUAUCCUAAAGUGAUACCCAAAUGAGGAUUAGUGGUAUCGAAACUUUCAUUUUAUUUUUUAUAUUUUGCCACUCGUUACCAUUUUCAUGAAAAGCAGUUGGAUUGUUUCCCGCUCUGUGAAUUUCUCUUUAAGAAUUGGACUUUUCUCCCUUUAAUACUCCCGAACUGCAUGAUUUUUUAGGUUUUUGGGGUGCGGGGGUUUAUUUGAUUCAUGUGCUUUUUUUAAAAAAUAAGAAAAAAAGUAAGAAAAAGACUACAAUCUGAUUGUCCUCUAUCAGUUGGGAAUGUUUGUAAGUGUAAAUAAAGACCAGUUCUAUUUUGUCCAUUAGGCACAGGGAGCAGUUUGGAUACGGCAGCUGCUUUGUUUUCUGCGGGAGAUUCCAAAUUUUUUCAGGGUGGUCCUAAAUGUACCCCUUGACCUCUUUUAGCUAGUGCACAACCAAAGCCACAAUUCAAUGCUCGCAUUUCUUGUAUAUUUGAUGGUAAUGCUGAUCGAAAUGAAGCCGUCCCUUUAAUUGUGUUCACAAGGCUUCUUCAAUUGGGUCUUAAUUUACUCUCCGUGGAAGAGUUCUUUCACCUUUUUCUGUGUCACUGUUCUGCAAAAACAGCAUUGACACAAUGUUAAUGCAAAUAAUUUUGCUCGGUUCCGUCAAAGCAACAAAGACGGAUAAAUGUUGAACAAUCGGUUGUGGCUCUUGUGGAAAUUUUGCAGGAUAUCUGCAUGAAAUAAGCUACAUACCAUGUGAACUAGUUGCCCCUUUUAAUAGUGUUGCACCGAUACCAUUUUUUGGCUCCCAAUUGCGAUGCUGUACAGAUACGUUUUUUUGUUUGUUUGUUUGUUUUGUUUUUUCAUAAAAUGUACAUUUUUCCUUCUUUUAGUAUUACAUUACUAAAUACUGACCUGACUAUAAAGUAAUUAAUACCUUGGCUUGGUCAGACAAUGCGUAACUCAUUGACAGCGUUAGACGUCCAUUGAUUACUCAGCCAUUCUGGUUGAAAUUGAUUUGAUGUCUAUGACUGUCAAAGGUAGUCACUGAGUUAAGAUUAAAAAAUAUUUCACUCAUUUCAAGUUGCGAGUUGAGAAAGUUUCCGGAUUUUCCGAUUAUAAGCCAUAAGCUAUAAUAAAUUUUCCCUGCACCAGUGCAUCUUAGGUGUGGAUUUUUACUGGCCUAUGAGCAUAGUGGGGCAAAUAAGUAUUUAGUCAACCUCUAAUUGUGCAAGUUCUCCCUCUUGAAAAUAUUAGAGGGGCCUGUAAUUGUGAACAUGGGUAAACCUCAACCAUGAGAGACAGAAUGUGGAUAAAAAACAGAAAAUAACAUUGUUUGAUUUUUAAAGAAUUUAUUUGCAAAUCAUGGUGGAAAAUAAGUAUUUGGUCAGUACCAAAAGUUCAUCUCAAUACUUUGUUAUGUACCCUUUGUUGGCGUUUUCUGUAACUCUUCACAAGCUUUUCACACACUGUUGCUGGUAUUUUGGCCCAUUCCUCCAUGCAGAUCUCCUCUAGAGCACUGAUGUUUUGGGGCUGUCGUUGGGCAACACGGACUUUCAACUCCCUCCACAGAUUUUCUAUGGAGUUGAGAUCUGGAGACUGGCUAGGCCACUCCAGGACCUUGAAAUGUUUCUUACGAAGCCACUCCUUUGUUGCACUGGCUGUGUGUUUGGGAUCAUUGUCAUGCUGAAAGACCCAGCCACCUCUCAUCUUCAAUGCCCUUGCUGAUGGAAGAUUUUCACUCAAAAUCUCUCGGUACAUGGCCCCAUUCAUUCUUUCCUUUACACAGAACAGUCGUCCUGGUCCCUUUGCAGAAAAACAGCCCCAAAGCAUGAUGUUUCCACCACCAUACUUCACAGUGGGUAUGGUGUUCUUCGGAUGCAGUUCAGUAGUCUUUCUCCUCCAAGCGCGAGAACCUGUGUUUCUACCAAAAAGUUAUAUUUUGGUUUCAUCUGACCAUAACACAUUCUCCCAGUCCUCUUCUGGAUCAUCCAAAUGCUCUCUAGCGAACAGCAGACGGGUCUGGAUGUGUACUGGCUUCAGCAGGGAGACGCGUCUGGCAGUGCAGGAUUUGAGUCCCUGGUGGCGCAUUGUGUUACUGAUACUAGCCUUUGUUACUGUGGUCCCAGCUCUCUGUAGGUCAUUCACUAGGUCCCCCCGUGUGGUUCGGGGAUUUUUGCCCACACUUCUUAUCAUUUUGACACCACGGGGUGAGAUCUUGCAUGGAGCCCCAGAUCGAGGGAGAUUAUCAGUGGUCUUGUAUGUCUUCCAUUUUCUAAUAAUUGCUCCCACAGUUGAUUUCUUUACACCAAGCGUUUUACCUAUUGCAGAUUCAGUCUUCCCAGCCUGGUGCAGGUCUACAAUUUUGUCUCUGGUGUCCUUCAACAGCUCUUUGGUUUUGGCCAUAGUGGAGUUUGGAGUGUGACUGACUGAGGUUGUGGACAGGUGUCUUUUAUACUGAUAAUGAGUUAAAACAGGUGCCAUUAAUACAGGUAACGAGUGGAGCCUCGUUAGACCUCGUUAGAAGAAGUUUGACCUCUUUGACAGCCAGAAAUCUUGCUUGUUUGUAGGUGACCAAAUACUUAUUUUCCACUCUAAUUUGGAAAUAAAUUCUUUAAAAAUCAAACAAUAUGAUUUUCUGUUUUCUUUUUUUUCCCCCCACAUUCUGUCGCUCAUGGUUGAGGUUUACCCAUGUUGACAAUUACAGGCCUCUCUAAUCUUUUCAAGUCGGAGAACUUGCACAACUGGUGGUUGACUAAAUACUUAUUUGCCCACUGUAAGUAGGGUUGUCAAAAGUAGUACAAUGUGUUGAUACUGAAAUGUUGUAUCCGCAUACAUUAUUGGUUUGCAAAAGUAUUGUUUCUCAGUUAUUUUUUUAUCGCGUGACGACAGCAGAGGUGGGUAGUUACGCAUACAUGUACUCCAAUACAUUUACUUGAGUAACUAAGCCAUACAUUUUAUUUUUACUUUAGUAGAUUUCUGAAGAAAAAAUACGACUCGUACUCCGCUACUUUAGGCUACACAAGAGUCCUUACAUUUUUUCUCUUUAUUCUCCGUAUUAGAUAAUUUUUUUGCCAGCAAUGCCAAGAGUAGCUCUAUCAAUUUCACCAAUGAAAUGUCGCAACAAUAAUCAUAUGACUCAUUACACAAAUAGGACAAAAGCUUGCCGUUCUAUGAUCAUGCCAGCCUGUUCAAUCACGUGGCGUCUUUAAAACACCGUAAAAAAUGAAGUAUUUGACUUUUUUUUAAUAGCAUUUCUGUUAUGGGUUAUUGUACAGUAUCAUUAUAACAACGGUUCAUAUAGAUAAGUUUGUGCUGAGAGAAAAAAAAUAGGCAAGGCAAGGAAAAUUGAUUUGUAUAGAAUAUAACAUUCAACACAAGGCAUUUCAAAGUGCUUUACAUCACAUGAAGAACAUAAAAAUCACAUUAAAUCAAAAGAAAAAGAAAAAUGGAAACAGGAAAUAAAAUUAUACAUAAAAAUCGCAUUACAAAACAAAUAGAAUUUAAAAAAUAAUAAUUGAAAUCAGAAAUGGAAAUCAAGCAGAAAAUGAAUAAAAAGCCAAUAGCUUGAAAUACCAUUGUUUAAAAAAAAAAAAAAAAUUUUAAAAAGCAGUUACUCACAAUGUUACUCAUUACUCGAGUAUUAUUUUCCCUGGAUACUUUUUUACUUGCGUAAUGUUAUUUUAAAGUAACGCUACUCUUAUUUGAGUAAACUUGUUGGCUACUCUACCCACCUCCGGACGACAGGUCACCAGGAAUUCGUUGUCAUGAUAUAUUUGCAUUUUCCUUGUUCCCUCAUUGGCUGCUAUUGGCAGAGUUAGACGCUGCCACCUUCCUAUUUCAAAUGGAUUGGACAUCUACUAGUGGUCAUUUCAAUUCACAGGAGAAGCAUUAAAAGACCUUUCAUCGCCCCUACCAACAUGGCCUCACAGCGGCCAUGUUGAUAGGGGCGACAUUCCCAUCAAAAUCGAUGGAUUGAGAUUAAAAUUAAGAUCACAUAUUUCACAGCAUUGACACGUUAUUUCUUAGUACCUCCUUGAUACCGUUUACGUUAUUAUAGUGGUGUAUCAGUACCGAUACCGAUCGAUACUGAUACUGGUAUCGGUGCAACACUUCUCUUUCAUACUCCCUGCCAAAAGCAGGAUUUUCCUUUUUCUCUCCCUCGCUGUUGUGGCACCGACGCGAAAUGAAGGAAGGAGCUCGACUCGAAUCACAUCCCGCUGUUAUCACAGCUCCGAUUUGGCCAUUUUGGAGGCUAUUUGGUUGAACUUUCACCGAGAAGACAAAAGGCGCAUGUCUUCACACGACUGCUUAUUUAUUCGUGGUUUUUUUUUUUUGUAAGGAAGCAAAACACACAUUUCUGAAUACGUUUGAGGUUAGUAUUAUUAGACACCGUUUGUACAUUAUAUAGCAGAGGUGUUCCGUGUCAUAUCUGAUGUCUGGUAUGUAUGCUUUACCAUUAACUUGUGCCAAUAAAA